CUCGAAACGCAGUCUAAGAAUCUUGUUGUAACUGGGUGAGACAUUAUGGCGACCAAGGAGAAGGGCAUCGAAGCCGAGCACAACGAGCGACUAUCCGUUGAUGAGAAGCACCAUAGCGGCAAAGAUGGAGGUCUCGAUGUACAAGAUAUCCUCGACCAGAAGAACGACGCACCAGGACCAGAUGUAGUACCAUCUCAAAGAGAUGACCAUGAGACGCGUCGCAUUAUCCGGAAGGUCGAUCUCAGGCUCUUGCCAACUCUCGCUGUGAUUUAUGCCUUCGCGCUCAUCGACCGUGUCAACCUUCCGAAUGCACGCAUUGCAGGCAUGGACGCAGACCUCGGCCUCUCAAUUGGUUCGCGGUAUUCCAUACUCACGAUGAUCUUUUUCAUUCCCUACAUCAUCUUCCAAUUCCCAGCGAAUAUCGUCAUCCGGAAGCUCGGUCCGGCCGUCUGGCUACCCUCGCUAGUCAUCUGUUGGGGCGCUGUCACCAUUGGUAUGGGGUUCGUUACUCAUUGGACACAAGCGCUCGGAUGUCGUAUCAUCUUGGGCGUUCUGGAGGCUGGGUACUACCCGGGCUGCGUGUUCUUAUUGAGUUGCUGGUAUGUGAGGUUCGAAGUACAGAAGAGGUUCAGUGCGUUCUAUCUGCUAGCCUUGUUAGCAAGUGGCUUCUCGAAUAUCCUUGCCUGGGGUCUGAGUGAAAUGAAGGGAAUUGGCGGGCUCAACGGAUGGCAAUGGAUCUUCGCAAUUGAGGGCGUAAUCACCGUUUUCCUCGGCGUUAUGGGCUAUGUCACCAUUAUCGACUUCCCGGAUAAAGCUAGCAAGCCUAGUCCAAUCACACGACGACCAUUCCUCACAGUAGACGAAGCGGCCAUAAUCCUCUCUCGAAUUCAGCAGGACCGCGGCGAUGCUGUCGUUGAUCAACUAACCUGGGCGACGAUCCGGGUCCAUCUCCGCGACUGGAAGAUCUGGGAGUUCGCAUGGCUCUACUUCCUCAACAACGUCGUCGCAUAUUCUUGGGGAUACUUUCUACCCAUCAUCCUGCGCAACGACAUGAAGUACUCAGUCGCCAUGAGCCAGAUCAUGUCCUUCCCUCCCUACGUGCUAGCCGCAGCGUGGAUGUUCGCGACAGCUUGGGUUGCCGACAGAUACCGAAAGCGUGGGUUGAUCAUUAUCUUCAAUUGUACUUGGGCAAUCAUCGGCGUGUGCAUGAUGGCGUUUCUCGAUAACGCUCGUGCCCGAUAUGCUGGAGUGUUCCUGGGCGUGUCCGGGGCGAAUGCAAAUGUGCCCAGUCUGUUAAGUUACAUGCAUAACAACAUCGUUGGCCAAAUGAAGCGAAGCAUCGCAAGUGCGUUAUUAAUUGGCGGUGGAGCCUGUGGGGGUAUCGCGGCGUCGAAUAUCUUCAGGCAACAGGACGCUCCAAAGUAUACGCCUGCCAUGGCGGUCGUGAUUGCGACACAGGUGCUCAGCAUAUUUCAUGUGCUGAAGAACUUCAUGGUGUAUUCGAGAGCGAAUCGUCAGGCCGACAGGGCAGAAAGAGUUCUGGAAGGGCAAGAAGGGUUUAGACAAACAAUGUAGCCGCUAUCAGCAUGCAGGGCUUGAAUGUGAACCUUACCAUUUGGCUAAGGAAAAUAAUUCCACUGUUGCAUGGAUUUAAGUCUUUUCUGAGGCCCAUAGUGAUUCCCAUCCAUCUAUUCACAUGUCGGGCCUCGUCGGAGCUGUCGACGUCCUCAAAAUUUGAG